AUUUGCCCUGUGAUGAACCAUAAACCUAUCUGAACUGGACCAGUAAGCCUCAAAAUUGUUGGACCUAGACCAAUGAUCGGUCAGAAAACCAACAACUUCCAAGUUUGCUGCUACAAUCCCAGUAUAUACGCCCCCACUUCUGCAAUUGAAAGCAUAAUACAACUGUUUCAACUUUCUUCGAUUUUGAACAUGUACGAUUAAGGUGAAUUCUUUUGGAUUUUCAACUCACAAUGUUCUUCGUUUAAACUUGUGAUCAUCAUGGGGCUGAAUUCAAUAAAUUAUGACUUGUGUUUAAUAUAUGCAUGCCACCUGCUCGAUGAAAUGCCUUUUGAUCAUGUCCGAACAAGGUAUUAAUACAACUUUGUCAUCUUUGUUCCUUCAUCUGUGGAAUAUUCGCUUCAUCUGUGAUCUUCAGCUGUCUCCCGCUUGACGUACUCUUUAAGAACACCGAUAUCAGAAGGAUCUCCCAAAAUUGCACUUCAGAGUUCCAAAUUUUGGUGCACACAAAACCCUAAACCCAUUAAAGACAUGACAAGAAUUUUACAGCGACUCAUAUACGAAACCCAGUUAACAAAUCAUCUAGUUCGCCUCCAAUUUGGACCUUUUAACUCCACCACGCAACGACGAUGGAAGAAACCAACUGUUACUGCACAAACCCGUUUGGAGGAUCGAACCAGGGACCUGAAGCUCGAUAACCUCAUGACCAAGCUACACAAGCUCAAGUUAAUCCUAAGCCUCCAUGACCUCAUGUCCACUCGACGCAGAGGACCCUUUGUUUCUGUACAAAUCAUGUCUCGUUGGAGCAACAUUGUUGGUCUCAAUGUACCAAUUGGUGGGUUCCUUAGAAAAUACCGCCAUGUGUUCAACGUAUUUCCUCACCCAGUUCAACGAAACAUUUGUUGUAAAUUAACUUCCAAGAUGACCCUCUUGCUUCAAGAAGAAAGUAACGUGAUAAAAGAUAUGGAAUUAGAUAAUGUGAAAAGGAUAAAGAAGCUUCUAAUGAUCUCCGUUACUGGUUUUCUGCAUAUCCAUGCUUUGAGGUUAAUCAAACGGGAAUUGGGUUUACCGGAUGAUUUUCGCGAAUCGAUUCUCGCAAAGUAUGAUGAUUUUGAACUGGUUGAUCUAGAGAUAGUAAGAUUGGUUGAUAAAGAUGAUAUCGAUGGAGAUUUGAAGGUAGCUGAAGUAGAAAAAUGGAGGCAAAAAGAGUAUACGGAAAAAUGGUUGAGUGAAUUCGAGACAAAAUACGCGUUUCCCAUCAAUUUCCCUACGGGAUUUAGAAUUAAAGCUGGGUUUAAAGGUAAAUUAAAAGACUGGCAGAGACUUCCGUACAGUAAACCUUAUGAAAAAGAAGACGGUUUCCGGUCGUCGUCUCGUGGCGGGAUUGAACGGUUCGAAAAACGAGCGGUUGGGAUUCUUCAUGAGCUUUUAAGCUUAACAGUUGAAAAGAUGGUUGAAAUUGAAAGAUUAGUGCAUUUUAAGAAAGAUUUCGGUCUUCCGGUUAAUUUUCGUGAGCUCAUUUUAAAGCAUCCUGGAAUCUUUUACAUAUCUACAAAAGGUUGUACACAAAUGGUGUUUCUUAGAGAAGCGUAUUGUAAAGAUUUUCUUGUUUCUCCGGAUCCCGUUUAUGUUGUUAGGAGAAAAAUGUUGGAUCUUAUAUUGUUGGGAUCCAGGAAUACUAGAGAAUUGAGAAGUCAAAGGGAAGUCAAAGAGAGUGUUGGUGGUGACAAUCAUAAUCAUAAUCGAGGUGGGGUCAUAGAGGAUGAUUUUGUAAUCCCCAUUUUAGAAAAUUUCGAUUAUAAUGAUAACACGAACAGUGAGAAUGGAGAGGAUGACGAUGAUCAUGAUGAUAAUGAUGGUUGCAAAACAUGAUCUUGUUGUUAUAUCUUGCGUUCACAAAUCUUGACGAUGUUGGCUGCAAAGCAUGAUAUCGACUAAAAGAACGAGCUAGUCUUUUUUUAACUGGUAGCAUGUUUUAAAUUGUGUGUUUUUUUUUUUUUUUUUUUUUUUUUUUUUUUUUUUUUGCUGUUUUUUUUUUCUUGUAGCUUUGUAAUAACUCAUUUAAUUUAAUUUCCAUUCAUGGGUUUUUUGUUA